AUGAGAAAUGUCAUUGUUCUCAACUUAUUGAAGCAAAUGAUUGUACUAAAUCUGCUCUGUAGUGCAGUUGGGAUUUUGGUUGCUAAAAAUGCCAAGAAAAUCCAUGUUCAGAGAUCACAUAUUCUACCUUUAGCUUGUAAUGAAAAUUUUAUUUGGGCUAAUGAUCUAUGUCAAGACUUUAGCGAUUGCUAGAUCCUUAAAGAAUCAUCUAAAUCUAGUUGUGUCAAUUAAAAUAUUUAUUGUCCAGCUUCAAAUGGCACCAAUUGUUAAUUUAUAGAUAAUCUCUAAAAUUGUAAAUCCAUUACUACUAAAGAUAAUUGUAACAAUUACUAAUCAGCUGCAGGAUUAUGUAUAUAGAAUGGGCAAAAAUGCAUUCUACCUACAUCUUGUUCUCAACUAUCUAAUAGUAUUUAUCCUUCUUGUAAUUUGAAUAAAUGCACUUAUAACAAAGAAACUUAUUAAUUUCUGCCAAGAGCAUGUUUAGAAUAUUAAGAGGAAAUUAAAUGUUCAUAAGGAGUACUAAAUUUAGUCCUUAUUUAAAUCAUGUUAUAGGACGCGUUUAAAAUUAUUAAUCAAAAUCUUGUCAAGAAUAUGAUACUUUAUCAAUGA